AAGAUGUUGAAGACUUUGUUGCAAAGUUCGUUGAGAUGUCUAAUGACGCUCAAGCUAACGAUGCCCAUGAAAAGAGUAUGACCUUGAAGGAAGGUAUUGCCACAUUCCCAAAGGCAGCCUUCUGGUCAGUUGUUCUCUCGACUGCCAUUAUCAUGGAAGGUUUUGAUACUAAUCUGCUUGCUUCUUUAUACAACCAGACAAGUUUCCAAAUACACUACGGUAGAUACUAUCCUGAUCUUGGUGAAUAUCAAAUUCCGGCAAAAUGGCAAACUUCUUUAUCCAUGGCUGUGAACGUUGGUGAAAUUAUUGGUUUAUGGCUUGCAGGAAUUACUGCAGAACGUUAUGGUUAUAGACCAACUUUGAUUGUUUCUAUGAUGCUUGUUAUCGGUUUCAUCUUUAUCAUCUUCUAUUCCGUUAGCAUCGAAAUGCUUCUGGUUGGUGAACUCCUCUGCGGAGUAGUGUGGGGUGCGUUCCAGACGUUGACUGUUUCAUAUGCAUCUGAAGUCUGUCCAGUUGUCCUGCGUGUGUACCUUACUACAUAUGUCAACGCCUGUUGGGUCAUUGGUCAGCUGAUUUCAUCUUGUGUAUUGAAGGGUACUUUAUCAAUGGACACUCAAUGGGCUUAUAAGAUUCCUUGGGCUCUUCAAUGGAUUUGGCCGAUUCCAAUUAUCACCGGUGUCUACUUUGCACCAGAAUCUCCUUGGUGGCUUUGUAAAAAGGGCAGGCUUCAUGAAGCUAGAACAAGCAUCAGACGACUACUUAGUAAGAACAAGAAUCUUCCAGAUGUGGAUGUGCUAGCAGAUGCAAUGUUGAGUAAGAUGCAAUUGACCAUUACGCACGAAAAACAACAAAUGACAGGUUCAUCCUAUUGGGACUGUUUCCGUGGUGUGAAUUUGAGAAGAACCAGAAUCGCAUCGAUGAUUUGGGUCUUGCAAAACAUCACAGGCUCAGCCUUAAUGGGAUACUCCACUUACUUUUACACUCAAGCUGGAUUGGAUCAAGGAAUGUCUUUCACAUUUAGUAUCAUUCAGUACGCUCUUGGUUUGAUCGGCACUCUUCUUUCUUGGAUUUUGUCGCAGAAAUAUGGGCGGUUUACCAUCUUCUUUGGUGGAAUGCUCAUUAACUUUAUAAUUUUAAUCAUUGUGGGCUCUCUAGGAUGUGCAAAUUCGUCUGGUGCUUCCUGGGGUAUUGGUUCACUUCUUCUCGUCUUCACAUUCGUCUACGAUUCCACUGUUGGUCCAAUCACAUAUUGUGUUGUUGCGGAAAUUCCAUCGGCUCAGGUUAGAUCUAAGACAGUGGCUGUUGCCAGAAACUUCUACAACCUUGCGGGUAUCCCGGUGGCAGUCAUUACACCAUACAUGUUGAAUCCAACUGCAUGGAAUUGGAAGGCUAAGACUGGGUUCUUUUGGGCUGGCUUUUCAUUAUUUGGUCUUAUUUGGACUUGGUUCGAGUUCCCAGAAACGAAAGGUAGGACUUAUGCUGAACUUGAUGUCCUUUUCAAGAACGGUGUGAAGGCCAGAGAGUUCAAAACUACUGAAGUUGAAACUUUCAACACUGAAGAGAUGCUCGCUAAUAUGGAUGACAACCAUCUGAAGCAAGUUGUCUUAGAGAAGGAGGAAGAAGAAAAGGUGGAGAUGAUGGAAGAUGCCAGAUUCAAAACUUGAAACUUUUUCGGUGGUUUCUAAUACCUAUAAAAAUGUCCAACCAUUUGUAUAACCAGUUGUUCAAAUCUAGUCUCUGGGAUAUAUUAUAUGAAAGUUAUGAUUACAGUCUGUUUGUGUCAUUGAUUGACAAGGACUGCUUGGUUUCUUAUCGAAUUUAUAAAUUGUUGCUGUUGAUAUUGGCUGCCACUGUAGUGUAUAACAAGUUAACGUUUCCAUUUAAUUUCUACCUCUAUAAAUCGUAAAGAAGUGAC